ACUCUGUGCGGUUGACAUGGGCCAAGAUGCCCCGAUUUCGAAUUUCUAUUUUCUACCACAGUUUUUAUAAACAGUGAAAAAUUCAUAUUAGUUAGUUCUAUUUAUUAGAUAUAUACCAGUUAAACAGCAAUAGCUUAUGUAUUUAAGCGUUUUAUAUGUGGUGUACUGUUGUGAUUUGCGAUUGACUAUUGUUUUCAUGAUAUGUCGAAAGUACGUACGGUCUAUUCGAUUUGUAGUAUUCAAACAUUUAUCACGAAUUCCGAUUGUGCUUAUGUUGAGAAGUGGCAAUACACUAAAAUUUAGGACAUUGUCGAUAAAGAUUAACUCAGCAACAGAUAACAUGCGAUAAUGACAACCAACACUACACUCACUGAUGUAACAGCAGAAAUGACUGAAAAAGAAAAAUCUGGGGACUCGAGCGAGGAGCCGGUCUCCAUCCGUGUGCCGAUCGAUGGCAUGACGUGUCAGUCGUGCGUCAGAAAUAUCGAAGGAUCCGUCGGAGAGCUGCCCGGAGUGCGACACGUCAAGGUGGAGUUAUCAGAAAAGGCCGGUUAUUUCAGAUAUGACCCUCGCGAGUGUACGGCGAGUGUUAUCCGGUCUCACAUAGAAGAUAUGGGCUUCGAAGUGCCCUUCGAAGUGGACACGGAGGACGAGACCAAAAAUCUCCUUGAACGCGAGAUACCGACAGAUCUAUUGAUCGACAUGAGUGGCGCCGGCUCAGACGAGAGUUCCCUCUUGCUAGCCGUCACAGGCAUGACGUGUCAGUCGUGCGUCAACACCAUACAGGGUAGCCUUUCGGAAAUGCCGGGAGUCCUCCACAGCGCCGUGAGUUUGGCUGAAAAUUCGGCCUCGGUUCGAUUCUCACGCGAAGCAAUAACGCCGAGACAAAUCGCAGAUGCCGUCUAUUCUCUCGGGUUCGACGUGGAUAUUAUAAGCGUAGAUGGAAAACCGCUCAGUGAAAGCACUCAAGAGCUGGCCCCCGGCGAUGGCAAUCUGUCUCCACGAGUCAACGGAGCACCGGCCAAUGGAACGGUGGCGACGGCGGAGGAGAUAUCUCGUUGCACGCUGGAAGUGAGGGGGAUGACGUGCGCCUCCUGCGUGGCCGCCAUCGAGAAACAUUGCUCCAAGUUAAACGGCGUCCAUUCCGUAGUGAUAGCCCUGUUGGCCGCGAAGGCGGAGGUGAGGUUCGAGCCGAACGUGAUUCCGGCCGCCUCCAUAGCGCAGUCCAUCACGGAGCUGGGCUUCCCCGCCGAAGUGGUCGGCGAGAGCGGAGCGCCGAGGGAUCUGACGCUUCUGAUCAAAGGGAUGACGUGUGCGUCGUGCGUGAACAAGAUCGAGAAGCGGCUGCUCAAGCUCGACGGAGUCGUGUCUUGCGUCGUCGCUCUCACCACUUCCAAAGGCAAAGUGAAGUACGACCCCGAAGUGAUCGGCGCCCGAAAGAUCUGCGACGCGGUCAACGGGCUCGGGUUCGACGCCAGCCUCGUCACCUCCGGCAUUCGGAAUAGCGGGAACUACCUGGAGCACAAAGAGGAAAUAAGAAAAUGGCGCACGGCCUUCCUGAUCUCGCUGAUUUUCGGAGCGCCGUGCAUGGCGGCCAUGGUGUACUUCAUGUGGCACAUGGGCAAGGGCCACGACGCCCGGGACAUGUGCUGCGUCCUUCCCGGCCUCAGCCUGGAAAACCUCAUCAUGUGGGCGCUGGCCACGCCCGUCCAGUUCAUCGGCGGUUGGCACUUCUACAAGCAAGCCUACAAGGCCCUCAGCCACGGCACCUCCAAUAUGGACGUCCUCAUCUCCAUGACCACCACCAUCAGUUACGCGUACUCGUUGGCCGUGGUCGUCGCGGCGAUGGCCAUGCAGACGGACACCAGCCCCUUGACUUUCUUCGACACUCCGCCCAUGUUGCUGGUCUUCGUGUCCUUGGGACGGUGGCUGGAGCACAUCGCGAAAGGCAAGACCUCCGAAGCUCUGUCGAAGCUGUUGUCCCUGAAGGCGACGGAGGCGGUGCUGGUGACGCUGGACGGCGAGGGUCGAGAAAUCUCGGAGAAGAGCAUUCCCGUCGAGCUGGUGGAGAGAGGAGACGUCUUGAAGGUACUUCCGGGCGCCAAGAUCCCCGUGGACGGCAAAGUGAUGUCGGGGCAGAGCACGUGCGACGAGUCCCUCAUCACCGGAGAGUCCAUGCCCGUCGCCAAAAGCAAAGAUUCGCUCGUGAUAGGCGGAAGCAUAAACCAGCACGGAGCCCUUCUGAUGCGCGCCACCCACACCGGAGAGGCGUCCACCCUGGCGCAGAUCGUGCGUCUCGUGGAAGAGGCCCAGAGCAGCAAGGCGCCCGUGCAGAGGCUGGCCGACACCAUCGCGGGAUACUUCGUGCCGAUCGUGGUCUUCUUGUCCGUUCUGACCCUGGUCUGCUGGAUGAUCACGGGCGCGGUGGAUAUCGACAAGAUCAAAAAGAUCACACCGGAAAUCUACCGCACCUUCUCCGAUUGGGAACUAAUAGUGCAGACCUCGUUCCACUUCGCUCUGUCCGUUCUGGCCAUAGCGUGCCCGUGCGCGCUCGGGCUGGCCACGCCCACCGCCGUCAUGGUCGCCACGGGCGUCGGGGCCAAAUUGGGCCUGCUCAUAAAGGGGGCCGAACCCUUAGAAAACGCCCACAAAGUUAAAACGGUGAUAUUCGACAAAACGGGGACCAUCACCCGCGGGAGUACCGCCGUGGCGAGAGUUUCGCUGCUCACGGGGGAAGCCAACUCCCUCCAAGACAUUCUCGCCUGCAUACUCACCGCGGAACUGAACUCCGAACACCCCGUGGCUUCCGCCAUAGUCCGGUGGUGCACGGCGGUCCUCGGUUCGUCGGAUCGGGCGCAAUGCAGCGGCUUCACCGCGGCACCGGGCUGCGGCCUCAGGGCUAAGCUCACUCUGCGCACGCGCAACAAUUUCCCACGACUCGAUAUCGGGGCCGAAAGAGAAGGCUCGUCGUUCCAACUUCGCGGUGUUCCCGUGGACAUGAUCGAGGGCGAUGGCGAUUCGGCCCUCAGUUCCGCGCAGGCGGCGCACCGGCUGAACGCCAUCAUCCAUAAUGGCAACGAUCAGGACGCGGAACAAAUAGUUCUGAUCGGCAACCGAGAGUGGAUGCAUCGCAACGGAGUGUCCGUCCCGAGGAGAGUCCAGCGAGUUCUCAAAGAUGACGAGGAGUUGGGAAGGACCGCCGUCCUCGUCGCCAUCAACGAUCAGCUAGUCUGCACGAUCGGUGUGGCCGACGAUGUGAAACCGGAGGCCCACCUGGCGGUCUACUGCCUGAAGAAGAUGGGUUUAGAGGUGUGUCUGCUCACCGGAGACAACAGGAAGACCGCCGUGGCCAUCGCGAGACAGGUCGGAAUAACCAAGGUGUACGCCGAAGUGUUGCCCUCGCACAAAGUGGCCAAGAUCCAGAAGCUGCAAGAGAAGGGCCAGAAGGUGGCCAUGGUCGGAGACGGCGUGAACGAUUCUCCCGCGCUGGCGCAGGCGGACGUGGGCAUCGCCAUCGCCUCGGGGACGGACGUCGCCGUGGAAGCCGCGGAUCUGGUGCUCAUGAGGAACGACCUGCUGGACGUGGUGGCGUGUCUCGAGUUGUCUCGGACGACCGUCCGUCGGAUCCGGCUCAACUUCGUGUUCGCGUCCGUCUACAACUUGCUGGGAAUACCUCUGGCCAGCGGCGCCUUCGCGCUCUUCGGUCUUCAGCUGCAGCCGUGGAUGGCGUCGGCGGCGAUGGCCAUGAGCUCGGUGUCCGUCGUCUGCUCUAGCUUGAUGCUGAAGACUUUCAGAAAAGCCAAAGCGGAGAAUCUCCGAACGACGGAGUAUCUCCAGUCGAUACAUUUGGAGCGAUUGGACUCCGUCUCCGUGCAUCGCGGCCUGGACGACAAAAUAUACCCGGACAGCCGCGCCUCACCGCUGGCUAAAUUAUUUCAAAGAAACAAGCCGAGUGAGGGCUGCCUCUUGCGAGAAGAGGACGACCUCAUGACCGUUUCUUUCAUACCCAAACGGCCGACGCGAGAACAACCCGGAGUCAACGGAUAGACCGGACAUCGAAACGGACAUUUGUGGGAUAAUCGAAUUCUAGGCGCACGCGAGUCGGUAAAAGGGCAGAGCACUCGAAACAGAAUGAUUAAAAAACAGUUUUGAUUUAGAUCGCCUUGUGCCGACUUCCGGUGGUGUAAGUGAAUUGAUUUCUCCGUUCGGUUGAUAAGAUACUAGUCAGAGCUACGAACCAGUGUUACCCGAUUACAAUCACCCAAAAGCGACCGUUGCCCGUGUAUUUAAACUCCUAAGCCAUAGUUUUAACGCGGUUACCAUACUUGUACAAAAUGACUGGCAUACGCUGCACAAAAUGAUAUAAAUAUUGUAACGAAAUAUAAAUUGUGUAAUGUUCUUUCCAUGUUUCUUAUUUAUUAACGCCUAGACUGAGCCGUCGAAGACUGUUUAGUUUAAAGGAAGCUUUGUCGAUCGCUAGGAUUAUGUUUUCCAAAUCAGUGAGGCUAUGAGUGUGUAAUUUCUUUUUAGAGAUAUGCUUUCGAAUAUUGUACAUUUUUUGUUUAAUUUUCCGAUUAUUUAAUGAUUCAUAUUUAUUAUCCAUAUCAUUUUCUAAUCAUUUACUUAACGUACACAAUAUUUGUACAAAUCGUUAUUUCUAAAUCUUUAUGUUUAAGAUAAAAAAAUCUGGCUCUUUACACUCCAUGAACAUCAUCUUUUGUCAUGGCCAUGUCUAGCCGUUUAGCUGAUUAAUACUCUUAACCACCACAUUAGAUUUUUCUAUUUGUAAAUAAAUAUGUAUAUGCGAGUAUUAUAUUUUUGUACUGAUAGAUAUAUUAAGACUAUUAAAAAGUUUAUUAAUAUUUGA